UCCAAUGACCCACUGCUGCAAGACGGUAAUCGGGUAAUUAUUCGGGAUGUCUCAUUUGGUCCGGGUCAGGCCGAAGUGGAUCGCUUUGCUCAUGAUAUUAGUAUUAAAACUUUUUUUCGCACUAUUGACUUAGUACCGACUACUUCUCCCCCAGGUGGCGGCAUCAACACGCCCAAUAAUCCCCCACCUCCCCCAUCCUUUCCUGACGUCGUGAAAAAAAAUCAUGAUUUGAUUAAUGAAGAAAAUAGUUUUUUUAAAUUACGCGACGAACUGAAAGAUAUAAUUAACAAAAAUAAAGCCGUGGUUCAAGAGGCUCAAACUCUCGGACUAACUUUGCCGUCAUUUUCGGAUAAUGCUUUGGAUUUUUUUCAAACUGCCCCUUUCAUUAUCUUUGACGCAGGCCAACCACUCAACAGCCCGUUUAAUCAACAAACUAGCGACAAAAAUGACAAAACUAGACAAAAAGCAUUAAAUCUUAAAAAUAAUAUUUACCAAAUCUAUAACAGCAAU